AUGAGCGACGAAGACAUCGCCGAGCAGUUUGUCACAGCGCUCCUUGGCGCCGAAAAACGCGGAAAAGAAUUAGAUCAGAAACUGGAUGAUGUUGUUGGAGCCACGGGGUGGAACUGGGAAGAGAGGUUAGGGAAGGUCAUACUGGCAAAGCUCGAGCGUGCCAUCGCCAUUGGCGCUCAGAUGUCUUCUGCGAUGAAGGAUGCUGUAGAAAAAUGUGUCGCUGCUGCUGAGGAGUUUGCACGGGAGCAUCCUGUGUACACAACAAUCAUUGCAAUUGGCGUGUUGGCCGUGCUCUCCCCUUGGGUCCUUGAGGCGGUGGGCUUUGGCGAGCUGGGCCCAAUUGAAGGUACGCACAUUUCUUCAGACCAAGGCAAAGAGUAA